AUGGCUCCAAAGAACCAGAGCACCAAGGUCGUCAUCGACGCCGCCGCCGCCGCCGCCGUGUCCCCUCCAACGGCAAGGCAAGACAACAGCCCUGGCACCCCCGACGCCAGAGCCAGCGUCCGCGGAAAUGGUGGUGGUGACGACGCGCCCUUGGUGGUGUCCUCUGUGUCCUCUCCCGAGGUCCCCGUUCCCGUCGCCGCCCCAGCCCCUGCCCUUUCGUCUUCCUCCUCCUCCUCGGCGUCAGCGCCCUCCUCCGCUGCCUCCCUGUCUCCGGUCCCCGCGCCCAUCGUCUCCUCCUCCUCCGCCGCCGCCGCCACUGGAACGGGCAACCGUGCUGGUACGGGCACUGGAGCCAGGUGGAUGAGCGCCCCGGAGCAGGCGCGGUUGAGGUACGUGCACAUGCGCGCGGCGGCCUCGUAUAUCGGUGUGCUCAAGUCGCCGUUCUUUCCCCAGGACGGAGCGGCGUACCUAAGCCACCUGGCGAGCGCCAAGGCGCGCGAACUGGAGAAGAUGAAGGCCAAGCUGGAAGCUGCAAAGAAGUUGUCGAAAGAUGCCGCCAGCAGCAAGGCAAAGUCGAAGUCGAAGUUGGGUUCAGGUUCGUCGUCGCGCUGGGCUCUGUUGCCUGUUGUGGGGGUCUCUGGAGGUCUUGCAUCGCUGUGGGUGCCGCUUUACCACGGCAGUGAUAGUUCAGAGCUGUCGCUGUCGUUGAUAGAGCUUGACAAUGACAAGUCCAUGGUCGAAGGGGGUGUGAUGAAGAAUGACGAUCAUGAGGGGGGUGGUAAAGGCAAGGAGGGAAAGGCUGUGUCGGCUGUUGCUGCUGCUUCUUCAACGGAGGAGGCGGUGGCGGCGGCGGCAGCUGGAACCGAGCCGGCGUCAUCUUCUGCUUUCACUGGUGCCUUCAACACCACCAACACUCCCUCCGACAUCCCCUUCGACACCACCUCUGCUCCUGCCGGCAACCGUGGGUCCACCAUUCGUGGCGGAUUCACCCCCCUGCCUCCUACACCUUCAUCGCCUGUCCCUCCCGCACCUCAUCUAGCUCCCCUGCUGAAGGGCAAGACGAACUUGACGGAGGACUUCCUCUCGGUCGUCCUAGCCAAGCCGAAUCCCUUCAAUGGGUUCUGGACCGUCAAGUCACCGGAUUCCAACGACGCCACCUCGCAUGGGCCCGAGGCCGUCCCGUUUCCAACCGCCGCCGAGUACACCCACGAAGCCAGCCGCCCCAGCAUCAGCAUCCGCAACAGCAGCCAGGUUUCCCCGGGGCAACCCAGCCUGAGCAGCAGCGCCCGCGGUGGUGCUGGUGGUUCCAGCAACGUUCGUGUCGUUGGCAAGAGGAAGAACAAGAAGAUGAAGAAGCAGAAGCAGAAGCAGAAGCAGCAGCAGCAGCAGCAGCAAAAGCAGAAGUGGAAGAAGAAGGGAGAAAAAUCCAAAGAUGUUAGCAAGCUGUCGCCCGACUCCGCCGUUGUGCCCUCUGUGUCUGGGGUACGGGGUGGUGGUCCGCCCAGCCGUUCCUGGCCUUUGCCUCGCUGGCAAGGGCACUUAAACAGGAAUGGUGAUGCUGGACACACCCAGAACCAGCACAUUGAGUACAUGGACGAAGGCUACGUACGCCACCUUUGGUCAGAAAAGCUGGAGCCGCAUCAGCAGUUCGCACGCCUGAGGAAGGCCGGACUUGUUGGUGUUGCUGAUGCACAUGGCGCCGGCCACAUGAUGCGAGAGCCGAUGGACGAGUCCGGGAUCGAGGGCCUGAGAAACCCUCCUACCAACAGGACGCGUGAGCUCGAGUUAAUGGUUGGUGCUGCAGAAGCCCAGUGGCUUCGGCUCCUGAUCUUGCACUUACUUAUAGCGGUCUCGCCUCUUCGGUGGCAGAUGAACCAGCUCGCACUUCCACGACGGCAGUGGUUGAUGCCAUCACCUCUUCCUCCUUCUCCGCAGAAGCCAAACCGUUUGUGCCGCGGUCCCUGGCCCCCGACGCUCCCGAGUUUGUGCCCUUGUCCUCCUCCGGUGUACAUAGUGAAAGGGAUUUGCUCUCUGCUACGGGUGAACGUAGUGAAAGGGAUUCGCUCUCUGCUACUGCCGAGGAGUUCGUUGCGCCUUCUUUGGUUGCUGUCGCCCCUGCUGCUGCCGUCCCCCAGCAGCCCCAGUCGUUGUUGUUGUCGUCUUCGUUGGACCCGUCUUUGUCUUCGGUGGUUCGCCAGCCAUCGAAUGACCAGAACGACCAGCCCCAGCAGCAACAACAACUCACCAGAGAAGAGCUUUUGUCGAGUUCGGAUCCUGGCCGCGUCAAUUCCUGGGAGGAUUACCGUCGUGACCACCCUCGUGCGCUCCGGCACUCGAGGCCGUCAUCCCAUCUUGGUCACCAGCGCAACCGCCACCAGCAGGUGUCCAUAUCGGUGCCUCGUUGUUACGGUUUUCCUGCCUCUGCUCCUGCUCCCGCCAGCCCCCCUCCCAGCGUGUCGCUUGCUUCGCCCGGCUCCCCACCCCGGUGCGACCCCAAAGCUGCCGCUGCCGCUGCCAGUACCCCCGAGGGAGAGAAGAAGACGUCGCCGGCUCCUGCCCCUUCCCCUGCCCCUUUCGACCCCAGCCGCCCCAACUUCGAGGAGAACUUCACGCCGCUUGGUCAAGCUCCUGCCUCUGCCCGCGCCCUCGCCAACCAGCAAAUUGGACGCCGGCAACCCCCCUGUCGUUGUUGACGAUGUUUUGGAGCAGGAUAUUUACGCGGCUAGUCCCGUUCUUGUGCCUUCUUCGGCUGUGUUUGCGUCGGUUGUAGAUGUUGUCGGUGGUGAGAGCACUGGCAACAGCACAGCGGGCGUGACGAGCGAGACGAGAGGGAGGAUCAAAUGCGCCGUCAGCUGCGAAGUUGGUGGUGCUGGCGAUGACGCUGGUGAUGGCGAUGACACUAUUUCUUCUGGCGCUAGUGAGGUUGUUGGUGGUGACACCAAGCAAACCCAAACCCAAACCCAAGCCAGCCCAGCCCAGCCCCAGCUACCCCCCUUCGGCCCCGGCCCCGGCCAAGACGACAACGACAACCCGUUCCCGUCGGUUUACUCGGCGGAAGAGCAGCAGCUUUUGCUGCAGACUUACGCCCCUGCUCGCCCCGGUCCUGCUCCUGUCCUUGGCUCGGCUUUUUUCCCUGGUCCUGGCCCUGCGUCUGGCAUUUUCCCCGGUGGUGGCCUUCCUGGCACCCCUUUCUUUGCUCCUGCUGGCCCUGGCUUGGCUUCUUUCUCUGGCCCUGCGGCUCCUGUAGGCAGCGGCGCUUUUUACCCAGCCGGCACCCCCUAUCCUCACCUUUACCCUGAUUUCGCCCCCGGUUUCGAGCUGGGAAUGGGAAUGGGCAUGGGUAUGGGCAUGACGAUGCUCCAUCCCGCCCAUGGACAGUACGGUCCGCCUGUUUUCUUGCCUGCGCCGCCUUCUCCUUACCCGCACGGCUACGGCUACCACCACCAGCCGCCUCCCCAACUUCAACACGCCCAACAGCCCGGCCACUCCCAGCCUCUUUUCCGUGCUCGUGGUGAGCGUCGUGUCCGCUUCGCCGACGUCAACAUGGUCUUCCGCCUCCCUUCUUCACCUGGAGGGAUCGUGGAUGUUGUGUCGGUGCCUCAAAGUCGUCCGGAUGAUGGGACUGGUGGCAACUGUGCUGUGGCUGGUGUUUUUGUCGGUGCUGGUGCUGCUGGUGGUGGUAAUCCUGGCUUUGGAUCUGGAUUUGGCUCUGGCUUUGAGUCUUUGUCUGGCGGUUCUGGUCUGGAGGAGGAAGAAGCUCGCCGUUCUGCUGGCACGCCUUUUCCCCGUGGUGAUGCUGGGUCUUUGGGUGCUGGGUCUUUCGGUGCUGGGUCUUUCGGUGCUGGGACUUUUGCUGCCGGUACUGGCUUUUCUGGCUUUGGCGCUGGCUCUUCUUCCGGCCCUGGGUUCGAGUCCCAUUCUGCGUCUGGUCCUGGGUUCAACUCCCUUCCUCUUUCUGCAUCUGGAUUCGAUUCCCACAACAACAACGCUCCUGCCUUCAACCAACCUCAAGCCGCCAACACGGAGCCCCUCCCAGCUCCCUACAACUCCUUCCGUCUGUCUUCCCUACGCUCCUUCGAGCGGACCUGGCUCGAGUCCUCCGCCCAGUUUGCCUCAGCCUUUGCUGGCCUUGCUGCCUCUUUUGCCUCUGCUGCGUCUGCCGCUUUUGAUUUCCCUGUUGCGCCCGCUGCUCAAGCCAACCCCCAGCAGUACCAGCAACAGCCCGCCGCGCCCGGCUUCAACCCAGGCUACUACCACGGCCACCACCACACCCCUUCCGCCGCCGGCCCCAGCCCUUCUUCGACCCCGCCUCGUUCUCGCAUCGCCCCGCCUGUUUCCUGGGAAAUCCUGGAGACGGUGGAUGUGUGGGACUUAGUGGAGGACUUGGGGGAGGCUGGGGUGGUGGAGAGAGAGGCGGAGGCGUGGCAGUUGCGGGCGCCAGUUGGAGAGAGAACGUGGGAUUUGCACUCCGGUGAGGAGCAGAGUCUGGGACUGGGUCUGGGAUUGGGAUUGGGAGAUGAGGGGGAAGUGCAGGAGAUUGGGCUGGAGGAGGUGCCUGUUGUGGUCAGGGAGCUGGUGGAGGGGAUUGAUGAGUUUGAUGAUUGA